AUGUCGGAUCAAAAGCAGUUCUCGGGUCUACCGAGAAUCCUGAAUGCAGGUUUUGCUGGUAUUGCUGGAGUUACUUGUGUAUUCCCUAUUGACCUCGUUAAAACUCGCCUACAAAAUCAACGGGUUGGACCUAAUGGCGAGCUACACUAUCAUGGAAUAAUGGAUUGUGCGAAACAGACAUGGAAGUCCGGCGGAAGAUCAGUGUUUUCGAAGGUUCGAGCUCUCUACUCGGGAUCUGCCGUAAAUAUCGCCUUAAUCACUCCAGAAAAAGCAAUCAAGCUGGUUGCGAAUGAUUUCUUCCGCUAUCAUUUAGGGGUUCCUGGACAAAAAAAGCUUUCGACUUCUCGGGGGAUGAUUGCUGGAGGGCUAGCAGGUGCGCUUCAGAUUAGUGUGACUACACCUAUGGAAUUAUUGAAAAUCCAACUACAGGAUCAGGGAAGGACUCAUGAAAAAGGUGCGAGAAAGAUGACAGCGCUCGGCGUAUCGAUGCAGCUUUUAAGAAAACAUGGUAUAGCUGGACUGUACAAAGGCCUCGGUCCAACUUUUGCUCGUGACGUCACGUUUUCUUCGAUGUACUUUCCGUUGUUUGCCUACUUAGAUUCGCUGGGACCACGGAAGAAAGACGGUAGUGGAGAUGCUGUAUUCUGGACAUCAUUCUGCGCUGGACUGGCUGCUGGAGCAUUCUCAUCGUUUAUGGUUACUCCACUCGAUGUAAUAAAGACCAGAAUACAAACAAUUAAAAAAGGACCUCAUGAUAUGACUUGCAAGAAUAUGCCGGAAGCAUUUGUGAAAAUUCUCCGAAAAGAAGGCCCACAAGCACUAUUCAAAGGUGCCGCCUGUCGAGUAAUGGUCAUAGCACCGUUAUUUGCAAUCGCUCAAACUGUCUACUACAUAGGAGUGGCUGAGAAGAUUCUACAUCAAAAGAAAGCUGUUCAUGUUUAG